AUGGACUCUUCUCCAGCCUCUUUAGCUGAUGGACUUUCAAAAUCUACGAAAGAAGAUCAUAAAAUAGAAGGGAAACUAUCCAGAAGUACUUUUGAAAAGCAAAAUUCUUCUUCAAUGAUCAAGACGGAGAGUAAAAAAUCCAAAGAGUUUGAAAAAGACCAGAUUCAGGGUCUCCACGAAGAUGAAAUAGAGUACGGAGAAGAUGAACUCCGCAAUGAACAUGACUUUUAUCUCCUUAACACAGAAGAAAAUCGACUUAUUGAAGGAAGAUUCAUUAUGACUCGAUACAAAAUAGUCUUCGUUCCCUAUAGUAAAGAACUCCAAAGAAGUGAGUUCUUUAAGAAAAACAAUACUGUUGAGUUAUAAAUUUAAUAGAAAAGGUCACUAAAUACUUCAACAAGAAGGUGCCUGAUCAAUAUUACUUGGAUAUCUACACGAAAGAUUUCAGACAGAUGAGGAUUAUACCCAGAUCUUACCCAAAUAUGGAUGAGAUUUACAACAAUCUAAUUAUGGUAGCAUUUCCCAGCAAGUUCAGCAGCUCAAUAUUUGCGUUUAAGCACAAAGUGGCUAAGCAGAAAAUAUCUUCUCAUGACAAGUCAAUCAUUGAAAAAUUAAUGCAAGUUGUUCCUGAAUUCCGAACGUACAGCAAGCUACCCAGCGAUGGAUGGAAUGUUUACAAAUUUUCCAUGGAAUACAAAAGAAUGGGCGUUAUCUUUUACCUAUGCAAUGGUAAGGACCAAGAAAACUCAGAAUUGUAUCCAUUCAAAGCGAUCAGAUGUUGGAAUAAAACGAAAAAGGGGCAGCAGUUGUGCAAAACUUAUCCUGAAUAUAUUAUUGUACCAAACUCCAUCUCCAAUUCUGAACUAGAAGGAACAGCAAAAUUUAGAACUAAAGGGCGACUUCCUGGUCUCUCCUAUUAUUACAAGAAGAACGGGACUUCCCUUUGGAGAAGCUCCCAGAAUAAAGGAGGAAUAACUAGCAGGUCCACUUCUGAUGAAAAUAUGUUGUUCAAAAUUGGGAAUACCAAUCCCAGCACUAACAAGGUUGUGAUCUUUGACGCUCGAAGUAAAAUCAAUGCAAUGGCAAAUAAGCUCAAUAAGGGAGGCUACGAAAACUGUGAUAAGCAUUACACUAAUUGUAAGCUAUACUUCUGUGAUAUUGACAAUAUCCAUGGUGUCAGGAAAUCUUAUGAAAAGAUGUUCAAAGCCUGAAGUAACCCGACAACAAAAGGUAACUUCUAUGAAGCAAUGGAAAAGUCUGGAUGGAUCAACCUCAUACAGAAACUAAUCAUGGCUGCAAGAGAUAUCGCAACUGUUAUGGAUAACCAUGAAAAGAACGUUCUCAUUCAUUGCUCAGAUGGGUGGGAUAGAACCGCACAGCUCAGCACCCUCGCUCAAAUAAUCUUAGAUCCCUUCUAUAGAACUCUUAAGGGAUUUCAAAUCUUAAUCGAGAAGGACUGGGUGUCAUUUGGGCAUAUGUUUGAGCUUAGGUUAGGUCAUUUUAAAGUUGAGAAGCAAGAUACAAGUCAGAGAUCACCUAUCUUCAUUCAAUGGCUCGAUGCAGUGCAUCAGUUGUUGCACCAGUUCCCAACAGCUUUCCAAUUCAACAUAAAGCUUCUAACCUUCCUUGCCCAUGAAGUGUAUACUUGCAAAUUCGGAACAUUUCUUUUCGAUUGUGAAGCUGAAAGGGCAGAAAUGAUGGUUCGAAAGAAGACAGUUUCUAUUUGGACAUAUGUAAAUCGAAACUUAAUGGAGUUUCUAAACCCAUUCUACAAAAAGGAUGAAGAAGUAUACUCCCUUGGCUUAGGAGGAUUACAAAGCUCUCCUAACAUGAUCUUCCCAAUGAGUGAUUACACCUCGAUUCGAAUCUUUAAAGAGCAUUUCUUCAAGUAUAACAGUGAGCAUCAUAUGCAGCAACAAGCUGCAUUUGGUUCACCAAUGGAGAAGCUUGAUAGAGCAAUGAUGAAAGAAAUGGAUCUCCACGUUGAAAACUCAGAGCUCAAGAAGCUCAUCAAGAGUAUGUGUGAAGAAAUGUCUAAAAUGCAACAAGAAAAACAGGCUGUGUUAGCUUCUCAAAAAGAAGACUCCAAACAACAAGAAACACCUUAUGAAGAAGGAAAAAUCGAGGAUCUUGAAUCAGUUCCUGAUUUAACUAAAGAUAAAAUCAAGAGAAAGCAAAGUGUAGAGAUUGUUUAUGAAAAUAAGAAGCAUCAUACAGAGACUAAGUUCGUAGUCAACCUUUCUGAGAAAGACGAGGAGGAUAAGAGAGCAAUAUACGAAGAGGAGGAAGAGGAUGACCUUUCCUCUCCAUUGAGUAAAAGUUUGACGAAGUCCUCUCCCACAAAAAGUGUGAAUAUUGAAAAGAUGAAAAGUAUCUCGGAAAGUCCCACCAAAGUGUCUGAAUUAACACUAGUACCAAAAGAAGUUGAGGAAGAUCUAAGCAAUUCAGAUGUUGAAGAGGAUGAAGAGCCUGAAGAUGGCCAAAUUGAAUCAUCUUCACUAGGCCCCUCUGCACAAUCCCUUCAGAGUCUAACCGAGACACAGACUGAUGUUCAGAAUAACUCUGGAAAUACCUCCUAAAGAUAAUCUCCCAAUCUCUGAGUAAUCUCUAAUCCAUUAUAAGAACUAACUUGAAA